AUUAAAUUCACUCACUUUUGUCAUUUAUUUUAUCUCGUUUCGAGAUGUACGAUUGACCUCACGCGCGCGAAGGACGAUAUAAACGAUAAGCUCGCAAAUCAGUGACACAAAUAAUCGUUGACAGAUUAAAAUAGCAACGAAAUCGCGUCUUGUUUUGGCGAGAAAACCGCGAUUUGUGACCUCGGUUGAAAUCAGUCGCGGUCAUCGCCACGUAUUACCGUUCGACGAUUAGCUCGAAAGUAUAAUAUUUUGGACAGAUACAAUCGAAUAGGACGGAGGUCGUGUUUUUGCAGCUUUAUCGACGGCGCUUGGCUGUCAAAAUCACGUGGCGUCGCAAUGGCGCCGUACAGUAAAGCGAUAUUGGCGAUUUAACGAUUUAACAAUGCUGGAUGAUGCAGUCGAAGUCAGGAGAGACGAACGGGCUAGAUUUUAAAGUCCGCAAGAUCUACAGACGUCAUAAAGGCAGACAGAUUAAGUUCAAAUGACUCCGAUCUCGAUUUGAUCGAAUUAAAAGGUCAUAACCACAACAUCUGUUGACGUUCGUGCAAUCGCACGGUUGAAGUAAAUGGCAAAAUGACAGGCACAGCUGACGAAAAUGCCACGAGGAAGGCGGAGAUUGAGAUCACGUCGUCGAGGAAACGACGCGCGGCGCAACGAUUGUCCAUUCAAAACGCGUUCCAAGGUACGGCGAUGCAUAAAGUAACAUCGGAAAUAUACACAGAAAAUGAUCAAAUCUCUGAGGAGCUUGACAAUGGCAAUGCAGUGACUGAAUUCACUUUUAAAUGCCCAUCUUACAUGAUUGAGACAGAAUCCACAGCCGAGACGCUAAAUUAUGACAGUGACGAUGAUCUAGAUGUAGAUAGAGACAAAGAAGGAGUAAUUCUAAUAGAGCAUAGUGUAUCUACAGAGCUCAAUUUAGUCGGUUUACAAGUGUGGAGAGCCGCUCUCUUGUUAGCCGACUACAUUCUGUCGCAUCAGGACUUGUUUAGAAAUCAAAUAAUUCUAGAAUUAGGAUCUGGGGUUGGUCUGACCAGCAUCGUAGCGAGUUACUUAGCUAAAGAAGUCAUUUGCACUGAUAUCAACGUAGGUGAUAUAUUAAAUCUAAUUGAACGGAAUUUUCUGAGGAAUUAUACGUACAUUAGAUCGGGUUUUCAUAUCGAAGAAGUAAAUUUUUUAAACUUAGAAUGGCCGAAAAAGUUGGAGGAGAAAUUGCAAAGCGCAAAUAUUGUAUUGGCUGCGGACGUGAUAUACGAUGACAAAAUCACGGAUGGAUUUGUCCGCACAUUGACGAAACUUCUAUAUACGAAAAAGAAAAAGAUAAUUUACAUUGCUCUCGAGAAAAGAUAUGUUUUCACUGUCGCCGAUUUGGAUACCAUUGCUCCGAUGUACGAAGAAUUUUUACGUUGCGUCGAAAAGUACAAAAUGAAUUGGUCUGUAGAUUACAUUAAUAUAGAUUUCCCGCGCUACUUCAAAUAUGAUAGAGUCAAACAUUUGGUUUUAAUGAAGAUACAGAACAAUACAAGAUCUGUUGCACAUACAUAACGAAUAGUUUUUCAAUUAGAUACGCAAAUAAUAUAUUACGAUAACACGUAAUAUGUUACCGUAAUUAUCAUAAAGUAUUUAUGACAAUAUUCUAAAGAGAAAGAGAGCUUGCCACAUUAAGAACAAGAUCUCUAUAGACAUAUAUUUAACAAAAUAUAGUAUCACAAUUAAUGUAAGUUGUAAAAAAUAAUUAUAUAUUUAAAACAAGGUUGUUUGAUGAACAUGUACGUUUGUCAAUACAUAAUACGAAACAAACGGUAAAAAUUUAGCACAAUUUUUAAACAUGAUUUAAUUUAAGCUAAGCAAUUUCGAAAUUAUUCUUUUAAUCCUUAGAUCAUUUUACAUAACGAAUAAGAAACGAUAAUCUAAGGAUUAAUAAAAGGAAAAAACAUAGAUAUUCGGAGUGUGUGAUAAAAAUGACUAUAUAAUCUACAUUUCUCACGUCCACAUAUUUAUUUCGUCAUUUAAUUCCCUAUUUACAACCUACCAUGGAUAAUAUUAUUGGACAGUGAAUUGGAAGUCGCUCGAAGAGAACGAUAAUUCCGUUGAACUUAAAUGCUCCGGCGGCAUAUCCUAAGAUUAAAAAAUUUCAUUAGACUACCUACGAUAUAAAGAAGACAAUAUGUAUAAAGGAAUGUAAGCGCUUCUUCGAACGACCACGGCAGUAGAAGUUGUAUAUGUUACACGCAAAGUCAUAACAUUUCUAAUAUGAUAUACUAGAGGUCUGAAUCGCUCGCGAAAAAACGACGAUCACUAAAGAAUGAGUCGAAUGAUUAAUCUCAUUAAUUAUAAUCGAACUGAGAUGAUUUUAUGAAAUUUAGGAAUAACGAUGAAUAACUAUCAUUAUUUCUUAAGUAUCGUCGACCAUCGCUCUGCGAAUUCAGGCCUGCGCUUGGUUUGGUAAAAGGCACUUUCACUCUACCGAUCCGUCUCGAUGUAGAAAAUGUAAAGUAUAAUUUACAGCCUCACAGAUUUUUUUUUU